ACAGCAGGAAGUUAGUAAACUGACAGUGAGUCAGCCCUGCAGCCGCCCUCAAGCUCCGCGCACCCAUCUGCCUGAGCGGGUGUUCACCACGAGGUGAGCGAAAACAGAAGAAAAGCAGAAAACACUGUAUCUCCGAAGAAAUCAUUCAUCUAUGAGACUCUUGUUUAGUGACUGAGUCCAGGAUCACGUCAAAGAUGGACGACAUCGACGCCAUGUUCACGGACAUGCUGCAGGAGAUGGAUCUCCUCACGCAGAGUCUGGCGGCUGAAGUUCCAGAUCAUCAGCCCGCCUCCGAGUCCAGCCAGGAAAUCAACUUCUCCAUCGGCUUCACAGAUCUCAAUGCAUCUCUAAAUGAACUGGAGGAUAAUGAUCUGGAUGCUCUGAUGGCUGAUCUGGUGGCCGACCUGAACGCCACGGAGGAAAAGUUUGCUUCUGAGAGGGUGGUUGUAAAGGAUCCCGAGCACCACCCAUCUCUACCUGUCCCAACAGCUCAUUUUACCCCCGCAGCCCCCCCACCCUCCCAGUCUAAAGCUGAACUGACCCGUUUGCCCAGUAACACCUCUGGUUUGACGUCUACCACCAGCAACACUUCAUUACCACCUCCUCCUCCUUCGAACUCUAACCUUUCUAUGGAGGAAAUAGAAGAACAGAUGAAAGCAGACAAAAUUAAACUCGCCCUGGAAAAGCUGAAAGAAGCCAAAGUGAAGAAGCUGAUAGUAAAGGUGCAGAUGACGGACGGCAGCGCCAAGACUCUGAUGGUAGACGAGAGACAGACGGUAAGGGACGUGUUGGACAACCUGUUCGAGAAGACACACUGCGACGGCAACGUGAACUGGUGCGUGAGUGAGACCAACCCGGAGCUGCAGACAGAGCGUGGGUUUGAAGACCACGAGAACCUGGUGGAACCUCUCUCGGCGUGGACGCGAGACAGCGAGAACAAAGUGGUUUUCCAAGAGAGGAAGGACAAGUAUGAAGUUUUCAAAAACCCACAGAACUUCUAUCUGUGGAAGAAGGAUAAGAAGUCGCUUAAAGACAUGAAAGAUAAAGAUAAAGAGCUCCUUCUGGAGGAGAACUUCUGCGGGCCGUCGGUGAUCGUGCCUGACCUGGAGGGAGUGCUGCAUCUGAAGGAGGAAGGCAAGAAAUCCUGGAAACCUCGCUACUUCCUGCUGCGUGCUUCUGGAUUGUAUUACUUACCCAAGGGGAAGAAUAAGGCGUCGAAGGACAUGGUGUGUCUUCUACAAUUUGACAAUGUAAAUGUGUACUACUGCAACGAGUACAAAACCAGAUACAAAGCCCCCACUGACCACUGCUUCAUCCUCAAGCAUCCUCAGAUCCAAAAGGAGUCUCAGUACAUCAAGUACCUGUGCUGUGACGAUGAAUGGACCAUGAACCUGUGGGUUACGGGGAUCCGUAUCGCUAAGUACGGUAAAUCUCUGUAUGAGAACUAUAAGACCGCCGUAAGAAGAGGUUCAUCGCUGUCAUCAGUUUGGACGAACCGGAACCUCCAGCCGAGUCCAUCAACCUCCAACGCGUCUACACCGUCUCCAACACCGAAAGCCAAAGCAGCCAACGGCCAUGCUCCUCAGCCUCGCUCGGACCCGGCGUUCAAGGCCCCAGCUUUCGUUCCACCACCUCCAGUCGACGUCCUGCCCCCUCCACCGCCGGACCCCGCCCUGGCUCCUCCUCCUCCUCCUCCUGCACCCUCCAUGCCUGUAAAGAAGCAGCUCCCAGCCGUCCCCCCUCAGCGAGCCGUGCCACGUUUCCAUCCUCCGCCCUCAGACUUUCCGCUUCCUCCACCUCCGAGCGAUGACAUGGAGCUUCCUCCUGACUUCCUCCCUCCACCUCCUCCCAUGAUGCCAGGAGAGCUUCCUCCACCUCCUCCAGAUCCGUUCCUCCCACCACCUCCUCCUCAUUCAGCUAUAGGCGGAGAUUAUCUUCCUCCACCUCCUCCUCCUCAAGCUAUAGCUGAAGAUCAUCUUCCGCCACCACCACCUCCUCCACCAUCCGCAGGCGGAGGUCCUCCACCUCCUCCUCCUCCUCCUCCACCGCCAUCUUCCGGAGGAGGAUUCAAUCCCUCCGCAUCCACUCUGAGGAAAGUCGCACCUCCGCCUCCAAAGAGGACUACACCGGCACUAGCUGCGCCCUCUGGUGGUGACCUCAUGUCAGAACUCAUGCUGAAAAUGCAGAAAAAACGUGGAGGGCAGUGAACUUUAAGCAAAUUCACCCGUUUUUCUACAGAAGAAUCGACUUCUGAUAUUAUACACGUGCUGUAAAUAUGUGGAUUUGUCUGGGUGAAUAUUUUGAGGACUAAACGAUCAGUGCUACACUGUAUUUUUUAUUUUUUUUAGGUGGAGUGGCAGGUGGAACUGGGGAAACAGGAAUGAAAUAUUCCUAUUUACAAUAAAUAUAUUUGACGAGAUAAGGAUAAGGACCCAGGCAGGUACUUCUGAUAACAGAUUCAAUAUAAAAUCAUGUACUUAAAAGUACAUUUUUUUAAUAAAAUUAAAUACCAAAAAAAAAAAAAA